CGCUUCAUGACUGCCUAAUCCUCUCUCCCCAGGUACCUAGUAGUUCAUGGGAGCCGAAGUCGGCCGAGUUCCCAAACGGGCCGGCCUUGUGCUGCCGAAGGGCGCGCGAGCUGUUCCUCCACUCGGCAGAUGACAUCAGAUUGCUAAGCUCCCAGUCUCUCAUAUGGACAAACGGCCACCCCUUCUUGAACUCAUAAUGUUAUCCCUUCAAUGAUCUGCUGAUUGACUAGAUUUUCUCCUUCGAAGCAAUCUAUCCCCAGAGACAAGAGCAAGCAACUGGGGCAGCAAAAGAGAUGUCUGCCAAGUCAAAAAACUUCUACCCGGACCUGCGCAAGCAGGCAACCAACACGACGAGCGGAUCCAAGGUGGUGAGCUACGCCUCAGACCUAGGCAGUGACGGCCCGAUCUUGAUCCUCGUACACGGAUACCCUCAAUCCUCCCUUAUCUGGCGCCACGUCGUCCCGAAGCUCCACAAGGAGGUUUCACUCUUCAUACCGGAGCUUCCGGGUUACGGCAUCAGCAGCCCGUCAAAGACCAGUGCACCGAGAGACGUAGGCGGUGCACUCCUCGAGGCCCUCCAAUUCGUUUUCAAACUCUCUGAGGGCCCACCUCGGCGUCUCAUUCUCGGCGGACAUGACCGUGGGGCGCGUAUUUGUCAUCGCUUGGCGGUCUCAAAAACCGAUUUUCCCUUUGUAGAGAUUAUUGGGGCGAUUCUAAUGGACAUUGUACCUACGAAAGUCCAAUGGGAUAACUUCUCGAACCCGUCUGUUGCGACGGGGUACUUCCACUGGCCACUGCUUGCCAACGUCGAGGUGGCUGUCCAGAUGAUCAAGGCGUACGGCGGAGCGCAGUGGUGCCGAAAUGGGCAUCUCAGACUGGCCGGCAGUGAGGAAGGGCUAGCCAGCAUUCAGUCGGACGGGGCGCUUGAGGUCCACGCGGAGCUGUUUGACGAGGAAGAGACGCUACGACAUACCUGUGAAGACUACGCUGCCGGGGCUGCACCGGAAUAUAAGAAGCAGGAGGAUGAUCAGAAGGCAGGCGCAAAGAUUGAUGUUCCAACCUUGGUCAUGUUCUCCCAGCACAAUCUUGGGGCCAAGAUGGAUGUGGCAAAGAUCUGGAGAGAUUGGAUUGAGCCUGGGACUUGGUAUGAACCAGUUGCACUUGGGGACGGAAUCGGGCAUUACCUUCCCGAGGAAGCGCACUAUAUUGUUUCGGGCAAGGUAUUGGAGUUUCUGAAGCAUCACAGUUAAGUCGUGACUCCCUGGCAAAGCUGGAGACGUGCAAUGGGGGCCAAAAUGAGACAUCCCGGCCAAAUACUUGUUUGUGCCUGGUUGAAGCAAACACCACUGCGUUCAUUUCUAGGAGUAAAGC